AUGGCGAGUUACGGAUCUCCCAUUUAUGGGGGUACCCCCAACCCCUACUACGACUACUCUGGUAGUCCGUCGCCGACACCAUCGCCGCGACACAACUAUUUCUACGCGCAGCAGACUCCCCAACGGCCGGCGACGCGAGCUCACUUUCGCCAUGGAAGCAGCGGCCAAACCGACCACAAGACCGCCUUCUCGCCCAGAUACACCAGUACCGGCGAGUACGCCACUGGCCCGGGUCCCAAAGCUACUGUUUUCGAGGAGAGGCCAGCAUAUUACGAAGAUCCUAUUCAACGGUCGGCAACCCGGGUCGGGCAUACACACACACACACGCGACGCCAAUCCGGACCCAUCCCCCAACGAUCCGCCACCGCCCGCCCCACCAGCUCGCACCACAAGAAGGCGCCUUCGACGGCCAAGGCUACGGAGGCCGAUGCGAAGAAGCACCGUAUUCCCGCGGGCUACUCUUUGAAGAACUGGGACCCGACGGAGGAACCCAUCGUGCUGCUGGGCAGUGUUUUUGACUCCAACUCUCUAGGGAAGUGGAUCUACGAUUGGACUGUCUUCCACCAUGGACCAGCUACUCCCAUAUCGGACAUGGCUGGUGAGCUUUGGCUUCUUCUCAUCCAGCUUUCGGGCAAGGUCAAACGUUCUGAGGAAUGUGUUCCCAGGAUUCGGGCCCAGGAUAACAAGGAGAUGAUCGAGGAUUUCAUUGAAUCUGGCGAGCGCCUGACUGACAAGCUGCGAAUGCUACUCAAGAGAUGUGAGGCUCCCAUGCUCAAGGUCAACAAGCGCAAGGACGCACCCCAGCUUGGGAAGGGGUCAGGCGUCGAAUUCGUCGAGACCCUCUUUGGUCGCGAGCGCGAGCUCGAAAAGACGGAACGCUUCAUGCAGUCGGUCCGCCUCUGGAAUCUCCGUUUUGACGCCAACUGUGAGGAGAUUCUCAAAAAGCCUACAUUGUAA